CCUGUUUUGCGGCAGAUGACGGCUCGCCUGAUGCUGGCUGUGGGAGGAGCGGUGCUGGGCUCCCUCCAGUUCGGAUACAACACUGGCGUCAUCAACGCCCCGCAGAAGGUGAUUGAGGAUUUCUACAACCGCACGUGGCUGUACCGAUACGAGGAGCCCAUCAGCCCUGCCACCCUCACCACGCUCUGGUCCCUCUCUGUUGCCAUCUUCUCUGUUGGGGGCAUGAUUGGCUCCUUCUCUGUGGGGCUCUUUGUCAAUCGCUUUGGAAGACGCAAUUCCAUGCUGAUGUCCAACAUCCUUGCCUUCGUGUCAGCUGUCCUCAUGGGCUUCUCCAAGAUGGCUUUCUCCUUUGAGAUGCUCAUCCUCGGCCGCUUCAUCAUCGGCCUCUACUCUGGCCUCACCACAGGUUUCGUGCCCAUGUAUGUGGGCGAGGUGUCCCCUACUGCCCUGCGGGGGGCCUUGGGGACCUUCCACCAGCUUGGCAUCGUCCUGGGCAUCCUCAUCGCACAGGUGUUUGGUUUGGACUUGAUCAUGGGAAAUGAUUCUCUCUGGCCGCUGCUGCUGGGCUUCAUCUUCGUUCCUGCCCUGCUGCAGUGCAUCAUCCUGCCGUUCGCCCCUGAAAGCCCCCGGUUCCUGCUCAUCAACCGCAACGAGGAAAACAAAGCCAAGAGUGUCCUCAAGAAGCUGCGAGGCACAACGGAUGUGAGCAGCGAUCUGCAGGAGAUGAAGGAGGAGAGCCGGCAGAUGAUGAGGGAGAAGAAGGUCACCAUCAUGGAGCUGUUCCGCUCACCCAUGUACCGCCAGCCCAUCCUCAUCGCCAUUGUCCUGCAGCUCUCCCAGCAGCUCUCAGGAAUCAAUGCUGUCUUCUACUACUCCACCAGCAUCUUCGAGAAGUCCGGGGUGGAGCAGCCUGUCUAUGCCACCAUUGGCUCUGGUGUGGUGAACACUGCCUUCACAGUGGUCUCACUGUUCGUGGUGGAGCGAGCCGGGCGCAGGACCCUGCACCUCAUUGGGCUGGCGGGGAUGGCUGGAUGUGCUAUUCUCAUGACCAUUGCCCUCACACUGCUGGAGCAAAUGCCCUGGAUGUCCUACCUCAGCAUUGUGGCCAUCUUUGGGUUUGUGGCCUUCUUUGAGAUCGGCCCAGGCCCCAUCCCGUGGUUCAUCGUUGCGGAGCUGUUCAGCCAAGGCCCCCGUCCUGCUGCUUUCGCUGUGGCUGGGCUCUCCAACUGGACCUCCAACUUCAUCGUGGGAAUGGGCUUCCAAUACAUUGCGCAACUCUGCGGCUCCUACGUCUUCAUUAUCUUCACGGUGCUGCUUGUGCUCUUCUUCAUCUUCACCUACUUCAAAGUACCGGAGACCAAAGGCCGGACCUUUGACGAGAUUGCCUCGGGCUUCCGGCAGAGCGGGGGCGGCCAGAGCGACAAGACCCCGGACGAGUUCCACAGCCUGGGCGCCGACUCGCAGUGAAGCGCCAGUGGCAGCCGCACAUGACAACAUCCCCCUUCAUCACCACCCCCAUCCCGGGACUCACCAAAAUCCAGCACCGCAUGGAUACAGCUGUUUCCUGCU